GGAGGAGGAGGAGGAGAUCGUCCAUGCGCAAACUGUUAUGAUUGUAGCCUCGUAUCGCCGAGUUGCAAAGUUAACACAUUUGCAGCGUUUGAUGCUUUACGGUGACUGUACUAUUGUGAUUCCAGAUGGUGGUUCUCCUGAAAGGUGGUGGUCGUCGUCAUUGAAGCCAUGAAAACAGUUGAGUGUUUGAGCCAGAGAACAUUCCAAGGCCGUUGCUGAACUGGAGAUCAGACUGAAGAAUGCAGAACAGAGACAUGCAGCAGCUGUUGUUGAGUGAAGAAGAAAUGGUCCCUGAACAGCAGGACUUACAUCCAAUUGUUGAAAAGAAGCUUGUUAAAGAGGAACAACAGGAACUCUUGACAAGUCAGGAGAUAGAGCGGCUUCACAAGGUGGAGGAGACUGACAUUCCAACGUUACCAUUCACUGUUAUCCUUGUGAAAACGGAAAAUGCUGAAGAGAAACCACAGGUUCACCAAAGCCAAAGUGGGGGUAACACAAAUGUUGAAACUGUAACAACUGCACCCAGAACACUGACAGCAAAAGCUGAAGAAGAGGACUAUGUAGGACCACAACCACUCAGUAACGUGAGUCCAAAUAAUUGUUUACAAUCAGACACCCAGAGCAGCCUCCCAGACAGUUCUGAAACUGAGUCUAACCAUAACAGUGAAGGGACUCGCAUCAGACUGCUUUGUCUAGGUUCAAACUGUUUGAAAAUCAGUGAUACCUUUGUUGGCGAUAGCAGAGAUAAUUUCUCUGAAUGUGGAACAGCAUUGCGUCACAUGAAUUUUUCAAAGCAACACAUCACAACUCAUGGAAUUAAGAAACAUGUUAGUUUUCAUGAGUGGGAUAAAAGGUGGCAACAAAAGGGCUAUUUGGCCGCCAAAAAUGGCCACAGAGGUGGCAAGUUGCUGGGCUGUGUUGAAUGUGGUAAAAGAUUCAGGACAAAAAGUGAUCUGAGCACACACACACGAAUUCAUACAGGAGAGAAACCAUUUGGUUGUUCUGAGUGUGGAAAAAAGUUUAGAGUAAAAAGCAAUCUAAAAGUACACACGAGAAUUCAUACAGGAGAGAAACCCUUUGGUUGUUCAGUGUGUGGAAAAAAGUUUAGAGAAAAGAAGAAACUGACCAUACACCUGCGAAUUCAUACAGGGGAGAAACCAUUUAGCUGUUCUCAGUGUGGUAAAGGAUUUAAAGAUAAACACUUUCUAAUUCGUCACAUGAGAAUUCACACAGGAGACAAACCAUUUGUUUGUUCUGAGUGUAGUAAAAGAUUUCUAGAGAAAGUCCAUUUGAACAACCAUAUGAGAAUUCAUACAGGAGAAAAACCAUUUGGGUGUUCCGAAUGUGGUAAAAGAUUUCGAGAAAACGUCAGUCUGAAGAGACACCGGAGCAUUCAUACAGGAGAGAAACCAUUUGGCUGUUCUCAGUGUGGUAAACGAUUUAGAAUAAAUGCUAGGUUAGAGACACACAUGAGAAUUCAUACAGGAGAGAAACCAUUUGGCUGCCGUGAGUGUGGGAAAACAUUCAGGGAGAAACGCAUUCUGAAUUUACAUUUGAGAAUUCAUACAGAGGAGAAACAGUUUGGUUGCUGGGAAUGUGGUAAUAGCUUUCAAGAUAAAUACACUCUGAACAAACACAUGAGAAUUCACACAGGAGACAAGCCAUUUGUCUGUUCUGAUUGUGAUAAAAGAUUUCGAGAAAAAGCCCACUUGACCAGCCACAUGAGAAGUCAUACAGGAGAGAAGCCAUUUGGCUGUUCUGAGUGCGGUAAAAGAUUUGGUGAAAAGGUAAGUCUGAACAGACACCUGAGCAUUCAUACAGGCGACAAACCUUUUUCCUGUUCUGAAUGUAGUAAAAGAUUUCGUCAAAAAUGUUAUCUAGACAGGCAUAUGAGAAUUCAUACGGGUGAGAAACCAUUUGUCUGUUGUGUGUGUGGUAAAGAAUUUGGAGAAAAAGGCAAUUUGAACAGACAUAUGAAAAUACACACAUAGGUGGGUUGGACUUCCUAUUGGGCACUAGCCUUGAGUGUCCUCGGUCCCACUGUGAAGAGGGUUUGCUGGGAGAGAUCUCGAUGACGUUUCAAUGAUAACAAACCCCAGCUAAAACCUCCACAAAGCAAAUAUGAAAGUCUAACAAUGAUAAAUUGUACUGGCCGAAUGUCACCCAGGAUUAAGAAGGUCCCCAAAUCACAAAGCAGAAAAAGAUCUUUUCCUGCUUUGCUUACUUAAGGCAUGAGAAGUAGGGCAGGAGGGAAAAAGGCAGCAUUUGAAGAGCAGAUAACAGAAGCUUAUUUCCCAACAGAGAAGAAAGAAGCCACCACAACUGCAAAACUACAAUUGUGAGUUUGAAAGAAGUCAGUGGAAGAGGGAAGAAGAGUGGGCACUGCUAUGGGCAACAGAAUAUCCCAAAAGGGAAAUACACCAAUCAGAGUCUGUUUAUCCUUCUCAUUAAAGAAAAAUCAUGUUUUUUUCCAUUGUGCCAGUAAGCAGCCAGAGAUGAAAAUUUUUAAUUUUUGAUGGGGAGAUCUGUCAUGGUACGUGGAUUGCAUGGUCACAGCCAGAGGUGGUGGCUGGCUAUGUUAUGAAAAACUUACUUUGUCUGAUGCACUACAUGUCAAAAGCACAGUUAGACAUAUGUACAUAUUGUAUGUUUACGGUAUAUUGUGUGCAUGAAUGAACAUUGUGCUGUACCUUUAAACAUAUACAGUUGUGCAAAUUUUACUUUGUUCAUUCAAAAUGGAGCCAACUGAUAGUUGAUUACAGUGCAUCUGGAAAGUAUUCGCAGCGCUUCACUUUAUCCACAUUUUUUAUGUUUGCAACCUUAUUCCAAAAUGGAAUAGAUUCAUU